AUGGAACGCCUAAGGAAUAUGACAACCUCAAUUGUUUCUUUUGGACAGACUGUUGCUCGAGAACAUCCAACCGCCCUAGCCGUUGGCAGCACGGGACUUGCACUCGCUACAGCACCUAUCACUGGCCCUGCAGUAUUAGGUACUGUCGGUUUCAGUGCUACAGGGCCUGUUGCGGCUUCUCUUGCUGCGGCAUGGCAGUCUUCAAUUGGGGCAGUCCAAGCUGGGAGUCUGUUUGCCACCCUACAGGGAGCUGCAAUGGGAGGCGCUGCUGCGGGGAUAUUUACGACAGCUUCAAAUAUUGGGUUUGGGAUAAUGGGAUUCGCGGCAGUUGGAGCACAAGUGACUGAUACGAGAGAAGGAUUAUCAGAGAAACAUGAUGGCGAGCAUGCUGGUAAAGCAAGAAAUUAUGAUAAAAGUCAGCCAGCUGAAGAUAACGAAUGUAUGACAAGCAACCCUGAGACGUCUGAUAUGAAUGACUCUCUAGACACAGAAUUCGCGAAAUUGCUUAAGAUUGACAUAUCUUGA